AUGAAAACAUUUUGGGUUUUGCUACCCGUACUAAUCGCCAAUUUCGUACAAGUACGUGCCGAUUUCGAUUCGGAUUCAGCCACGUCGUCGUCGUCCACGACGACAAGGAAAUCGCCGUCGGAACCGACCGAUCAUCCGGCCGAAGAUGUGGUCAUUCCGACGAGAUUCGGGUACGUGAGAGGGAUUCGGAUGCCCACCCGGAAGGGACCGUUCGUCGACUAUUUCAAGGGAGUCCCGUUUGCCGAGAAGCCGCAGAGACUGAAAGUGAGUCAUUGACACACUUUGCGUGAUUUUUGACACCUACAGACACUUGCAAUCUUCGACUGUUUCCUUCAAAAAACGAUUCCAGAAGUCAGUCCUCGUACACCGAUGGAACGGAGUCUACGACGCGAAAAGCUAUUCGAAAAAGUGCAUCGCCAACGUUCGACCGGUCAAUGCGUCCGAAUUCAGCGAAGACUGUCUCUAUUUGAAUAUUGUGAGACCGAGUACGGCUGACGUGAGUUACCCAACGGGUUACUGUGCCUACAGUAUACCUGGCUCUUUCAGUUCCGCACCAAAUUGCCAGUGGUGAUCUUUGUUCAUGGCGGCGCUUUUCAGGAGGGUUCGUUUUUUUUUCGAAUGGCACUAAUCAUGAUCAAUUUCUAACAACUUUCAAAAAACUGUUUAGGCUUCGGCAACGACGCGAAUUGCGAGGCGUUCGGCGAGAAUUUUGUGACGCAGAACAUGAUUGUCGUGUCGAUUCAGUACCGCCUGGCGAUGCUCGGGUUCAUGUCGCUCGGCUGCUCCUCCGCUUCCGCGCCGGUCCCGUGCAAUCUCGGCCUCUGGGACAUGGUCACCGCGUUCGAGUUCGUCAAUCGGACCAUCGCCGACUUUGGCGGCGACCCCGACCAAAUGACGCUGAUGGGGCACAGUGCCGGCGCGAUGGCCGUCAGUUUGCACGCGCUCUCCCCCAUUUCCGGAAGAUUCUUCCAAAAAUUCAUCCAAAUGAGCGCCAGUUCGUGGUGUCUGAGCAGAUUCAAAACUUCGACCGAAACGGCCACACUCAAAAUUUUGAACGAAUUGAAUUGCAACACGAGCAGUGCGGAGACCAUCUUUGAGUGUGUCAAUUCCACGUCAUUGGACGCCAUGUACACUGCACAGGUUUGAGACAAAACGCAUUUCCCAACAACAAAAAAAACAUGCUUUUUUGCAGAUAGACACGACUUUGUGGCCUCAAUUCGGCGACGAUUUACUGCCAGAUGUGCCCGAAAAAUUGGUGAACAACACGAGAAACAAACCGUUAUUAACCGGAAUUAUGACUCUCGAAUCGCUCUAUUUCAGUGAGUCCACAAAUUUUAGAAUGAAUUUGUCGAAAAACGACGCUUUGCCUUUUUUUUGCAGCUUACCUAAAAUCGUCACCGCAAAUAUUUCCGUACAUUCGUCGCAGUACUGUCGAGGAUUACAUCAAUUCGACAAUAGCCGUUCAGUACGGAAUCCAAUCGGACAGCGCGUUUUCGACGGCCUCGCAAUAUUAUCUGGACUCGAAUGUGUCCGACACUGAUUACGGUUAUUACAUGUGGCAGAGGACGAAGGUACGGUCAUGAUUUGUGGCAUUUGAUAGAGAAUUCUUGAAAAUUUACCCAAGAAAUUUGAAACUUUUCAAAUAUUCUAAAUUUUUUCAAAAAAUACCGUAGUUUUAUGGUGUACGGUAACACUCGUUCAGCUGUGCGCACCCCGAAUUUCCCGCAAAUUUCUGCCGACUUUGGACUGCAAAAUCCACGAGAUUUGCGGGUUUUCCGAGACUUUUCGAGACAUUCCAUUUUGACACUUUUUCCCAAAAUCAGGUCAUGAUUACUAUGAAUCGAUGGCAAAUUUUCCGCUUACCAUUUUCCCCGAUCUCUUCUCAUUUUGCAGCUCGACUCGAACGUGGGCUUUGACAUUCCGAUGCUGCGCGAGGUGCGUGCCCGAAUGACCGUCGCGCCGGACCUCUUUCUCUACUAUUUCCCCUAUUUCAAUCCCGCCCAAUUCGACGCCGAUUUCCCCGUGAAAGCCACGUAUCAUUGUCAGGAAUUUCCGUACAUUUGGGGCAUUUACAAGGACAAUUAUUUCGAUUUCGACGCCGACGAUCAUUUGGUUUCGCAAUUUUUGAUCGACGCUUUCGUGAAUUUCAUCAAAAAUGGGUAAUCACAUUUUUUUUGAACGUUUUCCUAAACGAAACAGCAAUUUGCAGGAAUCCCACAAGUUCAAACUUUACGUGGCCUAAAAUCGACUCGGAAAUCACGCAUACCGUAAUCCAGCCGGUGCCGACCACCGGCAAACACUUGUUUCAAGACGAUUACAAAUUCUGGGAUCAAAUGGCUCAACAAUUUCAAUUAGACAUCAUCACUGGUCUUCCGGUCGAGAACCAAAUCGAGACUACAACUGCGGGUUCAUCAACGGUCCUAUUCUACUUUUGGAUUAUCAUAAUUAUAAUGCUACUGAUUAACGCAUAA